AUGGAGCCCCUCGACACUCUCCAGCUUAGCACCUUUUCGCCCUUUUCGCCCAUUGUCCUCCGGCCCCAUCCACAUGCCCUCCCCAGGCCGCUUCUGCAAUGGAUCAAGCAAGUCUGCGACUACGCCCGCUCCGGCCGCCUGCAAGCCGCCACUCUCCUCCUCUCGCUCUUGAUCCUGGCCCUUACCGUCAUACUUCGCCGCCAGCAACACCCCGUCACCUCAAAGAACCCGGCUUCCGCCAUCAAAUGGCCCUACGAGAUUGUUUCCCAGCUCUGCAGAGCUUCCGCCCUCGCCUUCCUGAUCCGCGCAUACGUCGACAACCCCCACCACCUGCCCAUUGCUACGCUCACCGCCUACGUCUUUGGCCUGGGCCUCAUCCGCCUCAGCUGCACUCUCCAAUGGCGUCGUCGCAUUCUAUACCAUGUCAACUUGGUUCUGCUGGCUACCCUCGCUCUUCUAGCCGUCUCCGAGUACUUGCCAUGCGCCCAGCUGCGCUACGACUGCUCCUCCGAUCAUGGCGUGCGCGGUGCCCUUGUCUCUCUUGUCGCCGCCGUCAUUGUUGCCGCCGCUACCCCGACCGAGUGGCUGCCACCCCAGCUUCCCUACAGCAUACCCGACUACGAUCCCAACAAGGAGCCCGCCCCCGAAGAGACCGUUAGCUGGUUCAACUACUUUUGCUCGUACGAAUGGCUGACCCCCAUCGUCUGGAAGGGGACUCGUGGUCGUCUCGACGCAUCCGCUGUUCCAAAAUUGGCCUGGUAUGACGAGCCUCUCUAUCUCUUACGCAAGAUCCAACAUGCCCGCUCCUUGAGCAAGUCCACUAUGUGGACGUCGCUCCGCUUUCAGCGCUCCGAGCUCGCCCUCAUGGCUUUCUGGGCAGGCUCCGCCUUUGCCGUUGAGAAUGUUGCCCCGUUUGGCAUGUUCAAGCUCCUCGAAUACCUAGAUGUCCCGACUAUUGCCACAUACCGCCCCUGGGUCUGGCUCACCAUGGUCUUUCUCGGCCCCCUCACGCGCUCUCUGCUCUUCCAGCAGUACGUCUUCACCUCGACCCGCCUUAUUGUGCGCAUCAAGUCGGCCAUGACCCAAGAACUCUAUCACAAGGCCCUGGAAUCCAUGGAACUAGAAGAUGACCCUUUUCAGAGCGCAAAGCGCAGCGGCGAUGCCAAGAAGGAAUCCUCUGCCAAAACUCAAAAGAGUACUUCCGCUGGACGACUCGCCAAUCUCAUGGCUGCCGAUGUCGACGCCGUUUUCCGUGCCAGAGACGUCAUGAUGGUUUUUGUUGGCGUCCCUGCUGGAACAAUCAUCUCUCUUGUCGGUCUCUACCAGAUGCUCGGAUGGGUCUCCCUCGUCGGUACCGCAGUCCUUAUUCUAGCCACCCCCAUCUCUUUUUGGCUCUCAAGAAUCAUGUACAAGACGCAAAUUGUUGUGCGUAAAACUCAAGACGCCCGAAUCUCCCUCGUCACCGAGUAUCUCGCUUCCAUUCGUGCCAUCAAGUUCUUUGCCUGGGAAGACGCUAUUACUAACAAAAUCGUUGCCGCUAGAGCUAGGGAGCAAAAGGGACUCUGGAACAUUGCUGUCCUGCAGACUGUCAUCAACCAAGUGACCCAGGCCUUUCCCUUUCUUUCUCUUCUAGUCAUGUUUGGUCUCUACGUUGGUGUGGGUGAUCGUCGCCUUGACGCUUCCACUGCAUUCACUACCGUCUUUCUCGUCAAGAAUAUUCGCCGAAACAUCAUGAUGGCUAGUGCACUCAGUCGCUCGUUUGCCGGUGCCAUUGUUGCCUUUGGCCGUCUCGACAGAUUCUUUGCUACCGCCGUACCUCUAGUCGAGUACCCCGUCGGGCCUCUUCGCAUCAUCAACGCUUCGUUUCGCCGUAACAAAAAGGCCGUCUUUAGUCUCGAGAAUAUCUCUCUCAACUUUGUCGAGGGUGGCUUGAAUGUGGUCACUGGCCAAAGCGGCAGCGGAAAGUCGACUCUACUCAUGGCUAUCCUGGGUGAGACGUACCUGGAAGCUGGUGCUGUCACAGCACCUUCUGAUAUUGCCUAUGCUUCUCAGACAGCAUGGCUCCAGAAUGACACUAUUCAAAAUAACGUCUUAUUUGGCAGCCCCAUGGAUCGCAUUAGAUAUAACCGCGUCCUUGAGGCUUGCUGUCUGCUCACCGACCUUCAUGAACUCCCACUCAAGGACCAAACUAUUGUUGGCGAAAACGGCACCUCCCUGUCCGGUGGCCAAAAGGCUCGCGUGGCAUUAGCACGAGCUCUGUACUCUGGUGCCUCUCUCAUCCUCCUGGAUGACAUCUUCUCCGCUCUCGAUGCCAAGACCUCAGCCGGCGUCUGGAAGCGCGCCUUUUGCUCCAACUUGCUCAAAGGCAGAACUACCGUCCUGGUGACCCAGAUUCCGUGGAUCUCGUCUCAGGCCGAUUAUGCCAUCUCUCUGGACAAGGGUCGCGUCGUCAAUGCUGAAGCCAAUAUCGGUGCCGUUAGGCGUCCUAUCACCAUUGCCGAAGUUCUCGGCGGCGAUGGCGAUGAAGAUGGCGACACAGAAACUCCUAUGGAAGCCGACCUCAUCGCAGACGGAGAUGCCGAGAUUGCCGGUCGCAAACCUGCUAAUGGCGCUGCCACUAAAGACCUCGUCAAUCAGGAGAUGAGGGCCUCUGGCAAGGUCGGCAGACUGACCUUCGUGGAAUAUAUGGGCUACUUUGGCAGUCCCAUAUUCGGCAUCUCUUGCAUUGUCGGUCUUUUCCUGAGCAACAUAUUCUUCUUCGGAGGCACCUUUUGGCUAUCUGUCUGGGUUGAGGCUUAUAACAAGAAGGGUUAUGUGGAUAUUGCCUACUACAUGGGCAUCUUUGCUGCCUUUACUUUUCUGGAACUUCUCAGCUUUGGCUUCAUCAUUGUCAUGUUUGAGUGGGGUGCAUGGCGCGCCGCUCGCAAGCUGCACAAUGACUUUAUUCGCGCCAUCAUGAGCGUUCCUCUUUCCUGGUUCAACACUAUUCCCGUCGGUCGCAUCACGAACCGCUUCUCUGGCGAUAUGGCCUCCAUUGAUGGCAUGCUUAGCCAACUUCUGAGAUCGGCACUUGAUGCCAUCAUGAUGCUCUUCUUCCGCAUUGCCGCCAUUAGCUCCAUUAUGCCCAUCUUCAUGAUUCCAGCCUUCUUUACCUGCCUCUUUGGCGUCGUCAUUGGUGAAAUGUACACGCGAACUGCUGUCGUGCUGAAGCGACUUACAUCCUCCUCACAGUCGCCUGUCUUUUCCCAAUUUGCGGAUACUCUUGCGGGGUUGGCUGUCAUUCGUGCCCGAGAGGGCAAGGGCGAGGAAUUUGGCAAGGAGUUGGCCGCUAAGCUGCGAGUAUGGUCGGCGGCAUCGGAAACUAACUACAAUUGCAACCGUUGGGUGGCUGUCCGUGUUGAUUUCGUGACGUCGUUGGUCGCUUUGGCCGCUGGUGUCAUUGCUAUUAGUCAGGCUGGACUGGUUGGCGCUGGCUUGGUAGGCUUCUCGCUCACCAAUGCCAAUGGUCUGAACCAAACGAUCCUGAUGCUGGUUCGCGCCAUGAACGAUCUCGAGGUUGAGAUUCAGAGCUUCCACCGUGUCAAGGAAUACGUCAAGCUGGAGCCCGAAAAUGCUCACGAUACGUCGUAUCCUGACGAGGACGACUACGCGGAUGACGAGACAAAGGUUAUCCCGAAAAACUGGCCUCGCGGAGGCGACAUUGAGUUUCGCAAUGUGACAAUUCGAUACGACCCUGAUGGUCCCAACAUUCUUACCGACGUCAACCUCAAAUUUAAAGCAGGCGAGCGGGUAGCCGUGGUCGGCCGCACCGGCUCUGGCAAGAGUACUCUUGUGCUCUCGCUGCUUCGCUUUACACAUAUUGUCUCUGGACAGAUCUUCUACGACGGCGUGGACAUUACGCACGUAUCCCGCGACCGUUUACGCAAAGGUCUUACCAUUAUCCCGCAAGAGGCUGUGCUGUUCAACGGCACCGUGGCCUCCAACCUCGACCCCACGGGACUCCUCCCCUACGAGCGCCUGGAAAAGGCGCUAGAAAAAUGCCGUGGCAUCGCUUCCUUCUCCGGCAGCGACUACUCGUCCGACACGGACGCCGACCACAACGGCAGCCCCAGUCAGGGCAUCUCGCUCGACACGGACGUGGACGCGCAGGGCGAAAACUUUUCCCACGGCCAGCGCCAAGUGCUGUCGCUGUGCCGUGCGCUCAUCCGCGAGAGCAAGCUGAUGCUACUCGACGAGGCCACGGCGAGCAUGGACUACGAGACGGACCGCGGCAUCCAGCAGGUGCUGCGCGACGAGAUGGAGCGCGCCAACGGCGGCGGCGCACGCACGCUCGUCACCAUUGCGCACCGUCUGCGGACCAUAAUCGACUAUGAUAGCGUGGUGGUUAUGAGUGCGGGGAGAGUCGUCGAGAAUGGCUCGCCGAGGGACUUGUUUGAGUCAAAAGGUCUGUUUUACGACAUGAUUUACCACAGCGGCGAGAUGGAUGAACUCCAGACGAUUCUCAACGUGCAAGACAAGAUUGCCGUGUCGACGCCGUCUUCGACAACAGAGGUUGAGUCAGCAGAGUAG